AUGCCUUCUGUAUCGGCCUCCAGAGAACGCAAAGUCAAGGAUCAAAAACACGGAUCGAAUCGAGAGGGCACAGUGCCGCGAAUCAGCAAAUCGACCCAAAAGGCAUCGAAGCCCAUUGCCAAUCAAAAUAAUGCAAGGUCCACAGCCGCUGGACGCAAACGCUCUUUAGAAACUGCGCACGAUGAUCAGACAUCUACCACCACUUCUGGCAUCUCAAAACGGGUGAAAACCGGCUCAAUUAGGUCCAAGGAGCCAACCAAAUUAGCCACCAUCAACAAUGCGCCUACCGCGAAGCUCACGGUUCUUGUUUUUGGCGGUGGUGAAAUGGGCGAGCUUGGUCUUGGACCGAAGAAGAACGAAGCCCUACGUCCUACGCGCAACCCACAUUUAUCUGCUUUCGAUGUUGUCCAAGUCGCCUGUGGCGGCAUGCAUACUGUUGCGCUGACGUCGGACAAUAAAAUUAUUACCUGGGGUGUGAACGAUGAGAACGCUCUUGGAAGGGAUACGCAGUGGGACGGCAAGCUUCGUGACAUGGACGCCGCUUCAGAGGAUGACGAGGACGACGAGGACAUGAAUCCCUUAGAGUCGACUCCUAUGCAAAUCCCAUCUAACUACUUCCCUCCACAUAUACGAUUUGUUCAGGUCGCUGCUGGCGACAGCUGUAGCUUUGCGCUCACCGAUACUGGCCAAGUUUAUGGAUGGGGCACAUUCCGCGACUCUCGGGGUGAUAAAGGUUUUAGGUAUAACGAACGUGGAGAGCUGGUUGAGAACCAAGAAAGACCAAUCCGUAUCCAAAAUCUCCAAAAUAUCACUCAGAUUUGCUGUGGCGUUGACCAUGCAUUGGCUCUUGAUAUCCGAGGUAAUAUUUGGGCCUGGGGCUGUAAUGAGCAAUACCAAUUUGGCCGCCGACUUAUUGGACGUGCCUCUAAUUCCCUUAUACCUAAUCAAGUUCGAGUCUGCCGCAAUAAAGCCAAGUAUAUAGCUUCUGGGAGCUAUCACUGCUUUGCAGUUGACAAGGAUGAUAACGUCUGGGGCUGGGGCGCAAACAAUUUCGGUGAAGCCGGAGAUGUUGAAACGGCCGGCGAUGAAGGGGCAUUCAUCACGCCAACUAAGCUUGUUGGUCUCUGCCAGAAGAAAGUCUUGGUUUUAGAUGGCGGUGCCCAUCACUCAGCCGCGGUCACCGCCAAUGGCGAAUGCUUUGUAUGGGGUCGAAUGAUGGAAGGACAGCUUGGUAUAGACUUUACUCCCGAGCAACUACAAGAUUCGACGCUCGUUCGUUGUGAUGAGCGUAACAAGCCACGCAUUUGCCUACGCCCUACUAUUGUCCCAACCAUGGCGCAUCAACAAGUCACACAUGUUGCAUGCGGCUUAGAUCACACCAUCUUGAUCGAUAAGCCUGGCAAUGCCUACUCAACGGGCUACGGCUUCCAGGGUCAGCUUGGUCUUAACUCUAGCGACGAUGUGAAAGUUUUUCAGCGCAUCACGGAUAAAAGAAUCAAGGGCGAGUUGAUCUGGGCCGGGGCGGGUGGGCGAUUCUCUAUCAUGGCUGAGUCUGCGAGUACAUCUUCCAGUUAA